AUGGCUGUAGCUGUGCCGCUUAAGGUUCUGGAGCCAUUGACGGACUUGACAAACACGAUUGCGGUCAAUACAAUAGACAUUGUUCUUUUUCAUGAAGUUAUAGCAGUUGGUAGAGGUCGUGAUAAAAGUCAUGAAAAUAAUGAAGAUACCGAUUCUGUUCAAGGUGACCACACUUCAUUUUUCUCAGAAAUAAUUUUACAAGAUCAAUGUGGAAAAGAAUGUAAAAAAAAUCAAGCUAACACUAGAAAUAAAAAAGAUUUUGACAAAUUUCCUGGUCUUGAACUAGAACCAAUUCAAGGCACCAAUUUAAUUUUUAA